UGAAAUUUAAGAGGGGAAAACUAGUUGCAAUUGGAAUUUUAGGCAUAAUUUCUUCAGAGCUCGUUGGUUAUAUAUAAAAUCAGUGAACUUGGAUUCUUAGUUGUUUGGAAAACUUACUUAAUAAAUUUGCUUGUUGGAUUUAUUACAAUGGGUGACUACAAGCUACUCAAUAAGGAGUUAGUCGAUGCUAAUAGAGAAUUAAAACAAACUAUUGCAACAUAUCAAAAUGAAUUGGUUUUAACGCGUGCGGAGUUAAUGGAACAGCAUCGCAUACGCGUUGAGGGCGAGCGCGAAUAUCGUGAUCGCGUACUCUCAUUGGUAGCACAUAAUUUUAUGGCGUUAAUGCGUGAUAUCGAUGCCAACGUAAAUGUACAAGAAUUACUGGGUUGUAACAAUUGUGGACAAAACUCAAAUUACACCAAUGGUGCUAGUGCCAAAAGUGAUAGCGCCAGUUCCAGACGAAGAAGCACACAUCUUGUCAGAGAAUUUCGUCGUUCUAGURCAGUGACCCGCCAAAAUAGUAUACAGUUCUCGCCAACACGACGACCAUACGAAAGUCAUGCUAUUAUUGAGCAAACUGAAACCAGUAAAUUAGAAGAAUCUGAAUCUGGUAGUGAUAUGGAUUUGGAAAACUCAAUAACUGAAGAGAAUGUAAUUGAUGUAGAACGCGAAGAGAGCUACGAAAAUGCAGAUUUGCAUUGUAUAAAGGAAGCCAGUGAAGAAGAAUGUGACGAAAAUGACGGUAAAAAGGGUACAGAAGUUGAUAAACGGAAUAGGCAACCAAUCAGAGAUAUAUCCAAUAUUCACAUGGAGCAAGUCGAAAACAAAGGAUAUUAUGUCACAAAACGUGGAAAAGAGCGUAAUCGACGCAGCGACAAUGAAAAUUCUAUAGAAGUUCCACGUAAUGUGGAAGUUGAUGGCAUGGAAGUAGAGGAUGAUUUGAUUCAGGCAAUGAACCAAUCGUUACAUGUUUCGGACAGCGAAAUAACAGAUAAUAAUGAUAAGUGGAAAGAAAUGAAUAAAGAAAAUUUUAAACGUCAAGUUGUAGUGAAAGUUAAACGUAUGCAUGAGCCACAACCGGUUGUGGUACACUUUAACACUGAAGAGAACACAAUUAUGCCAGAAUAUGAGAUAUCAGUCGAAAACAUAAGAAAUGAUGAGUUAAGUUUGGGUAUAACCCAAUUUUCUAUGGGUAAUUUCUUGGAAGCAUCCUGCAGUACGCCAUGUCAUGGCAUGAAAGCAACAAUGGCAGAGGCAACGACAGAUGAAACCAAUUGCGAUGGCUCAUGUAGUGUGUCAGCACAGACAACAAGCCUAUGCAUGCGACCAUCACGCAGAUGUGCGCCAACAACUUUAGCGGAACCUAGUUUAAGAGUAAAAUUACGCAGCGACAGUGGCAAAAGGAAAGGAUCUACGAAGAAGCGUUAAAUAUUAUUUAGUUAUUAAAAAGUUAGGCAAGAUUCUUUUAAUAAUAUUGUCAUAGUCAUUAGUUACACUCAUGAUACUGCUUCGUAUUUAUUUUUCAAGUAGUUUGUGUUAGCUGCAAUUAAAAUUCUGGGGAGAAUUUGUAAUAAUAAAGCUUGAAUUUACAUUUUUUAUUCUAAUAAUUGAGCAUUUCUGUAUGAGUACAGAGCUCCAUCAAGCUUAAAACUAAAUAAACUGAUUUUUUCUUAGCUAUUUAUCAUUGCUAUAUAACAUACAUUUAUUUUUAAGCGUUGGAUGUUUCAAUUAAGUUUAUGUACUCUACAGAUAAAUAAUAAAAACGUUGAGUUUCUAAAAAUUUCUCAAUUAGUUUCACGUUAUAAAACAAACAAGUGACGAAAUAAGUCGUUUGCUAGUAUUGAUCGUGGUUUAAAAGCACUAGUUGCUAAAUAAAGAAUACACUGAAUUUAUGAAUAACGGAGCUAAGAAAAGGAACCGUUGUAGAGGUACCAUUGUAUGAAAUUGUUGUUGCUUAUUCCUAUUAUCGGCACAAAUGAGAGUAGUAUUGUGUAUUAUCGAAUUUAUUGCCAGUUAUACUGCCAUUACUUUGUUAUAAGUUUUAUACAUUAUAUUAUACGAAUACGUAGAAAAAGUUUUAAUUUGUUCUAAUAUGUAAAUUUCAUAAUCCACAAUUUAGGAAAUUUAAUAUUGAAGAACAAUAGCUGCUAUUGUAAUUCUCGGCAAGAUUUGGCUGUGGUUUAACAUAAAAUAAGUGAAUUUGGAUUCUUAGCGAUUUGAAGCAUUUUUUUAAUAAAUUUGUUUGUUGGAUCUAAAACAAUGGGCGACUACAAGCAACUCAAUAAGAAGUUAGUCGAUGAUAACAGAGUAUUAAAACAAACCAUUGCUGCAUAUAAAAACGAAUUGGGUUUGAUACAUGCCGAGUUAUUGGAAGAGCAUCGUAUACGUGUUGAUAGUGAACGUGCAUAUCGUGAUUGUGUGCUCUCGCUGGUAGCACACAAUUUUAUGGCAUCAGCGCGUGACAUUGAAGCUAAUAUUAAUGUGCCAGAAUUAGUAUAUAAUAGCAGUUAUGAAAAUUUAUGUUCAAGUUGUACCAAUGACCCAAGUACUGAAAGUACCAGCUGCAGGCAUAGAAGCACAAAUCUUGUUAGAGAAUUUCACCGGUCAAGAUCGUAAUUUUCCUUACAUGUAAUAUAAAUACUUUUCUUGAAAAAAAAAAAACAAAUACAUAAGCCGUUUCUUAUAAUCAAAUGUAAUGCAAGAGAUGAAUAGCUUACAAUAUAGUAUUUAAUUUAUCAAAUAUUGGGAA